UCAAGGUCUUCAAAACUGCAAAAACUCUGAUCUGGCAUUCCAGUGCACUUCCUACCCGCUUUUUCUUUCGCCCGUACGGCGGUUAGAAUCAUGCUUGUACAGACAUCCGGAUCAAAAGUCAACAUGCUUGCUGAAGAUGACUUUGGAAUUGUCUAUCUUAUAGAGAAUGCUCAACAGUUUUGGUCAGAGCUUGAUGAUGUCCUUCGAGUUCCCAGCGACGGAUCUGUCACGUUAUCCAUGUUAGACACUGCACUCAGGAGGUUUGUGUCCCUCUGUGCUUCUUACCACGAACAGUUCCUUCAAAGUCCAAUGCAACUGGAACAUGCAUGCAGUCUUCUGCUCGACUCCGAGUUGUUCGCGUUUCACUCUGAACGGAUGUGCGAGUUGGCCAUCGAAGAUGUCGAGUCUAAAACAGAUCCGCACUCACAACUCAUUCUAUACAGCAUACUAUUAUUCUACGGUCGUCGUCAAUCGAACUUUAUUCGCUCCCAUAAGCAUUGGCAACCACUAAUACCUCUUCUCAUGGAUCACGUUUUGGUGGAAAUAAAUCCAGAUACAGAGGACGUCUAUAUUGGGGCACCCUCCAUAUCAAGUGGUUCCGGUUCACGUUCCAGCAUGGUGGUUGGCCACAUACCCAUAGAGGCCAAGCUAAGGAGUCUGGGUGUGAGGCUACUCUAUGAAUUUUGUCGGGUUCAGAAACUGUCCCUACAUGACUUGAGUGUUUUCAACGAUCAGUUUCUCGACAGUUUGUUUGAGCUUGUGGAGCAGACUCGAUUUAUGCCCGAUGAAACUCUGAAUUAUUCCGUAAUCAAAUUGAUCGUCGCAUUGAACGAGCAGUUCAUGGUAGCCUCUUUAAGCAAUAACCAACAGCCUGGAGCCAAGGAGCCCGAGUUGCAUAAUCGAGUGCUUACCGUCCUGAUAUCUCGUCUCGGAUCUAGCAAGACUUUUGGUGAAAACAUGAUAUUCAUGCUCAAUCGUGCUUCGCGAUCUGCUGAAGACCUGUGUAUGCAACUUCUGGUGCUCAAGCUUCUUUACAUUCUUUUCACCAACAAAGCAACAUCAGAAUAUUUUUACACAAACGAUCUCCGUGUCCUUGUGGAUGUUUUCUUACGCGAACUGGUUGACCUUGAUGAGGAGAGUGAAUCUCUUCGACAUACCUAUCUUCGCGUCCUGCAUCCACUACUCACAAAGACGCAAAUGCGAAACGUACCAUAUAAACGUCCGCAAAUUGUUCUUGCCCUCGAAUCUCUGAUUCAAAAUGGCAAUAUCCGAGACAUCAAUCCCACAACGAAACGUUUGGUCGAACGAUGUCUUGGAGGGGAAUGGUGUGUGCAACUACGAAAGACAACGCACGAUAAAGAUGCACUCAAGCGUCAAGGGGAUUUUCGGCACAAUAGCCCAAGUCACGACAUCAUUGCGUCCACGACGCAAGGCACUGUGUCCUCGCGAGCACCAACUUCGCCAGACGUGGAGCAUGACUCCGCUUCCAAGGCGCUGAACUUGAAGCCGAAGGCCCUAAAGCACAGUAGAAGCGUUGAAAGCAUGCACACUCCCACAUCUCCGCGACUACCCUCUCCACGAUCGGUCAAAAACACGUAUAUGCGUUCUAGCACAGACAGCACUACGAGUUUGGCGGCUGCAACCACUACUGCACCCAGACGACGAGAGAAAGCUAGUUCUGUUGAUGAUGUCAAUGUUACACUUCAUCCAGAGAAGGGUGUUCUCGUGCAGCAAACCAGACCGACUUCAUCUAAUUCUUUGAACCUUCCUUCAGUCACAUCUGUCAAUCACAAGGUUCGAAGGCCUGCACCUGCUCCACCUAAGAGAAGAAAACCACCCCCAGUGCCUGUCGGAACGACCAAUGGCGGCGCCACAAUCACAACCAUCGCAACUUCUGCUUCUACUCCAUCCCUUGGUCAAUUAGGGAAGACCAGCAAACUGGCGUACCGCGUAGCAUAGAAACGGACAGUAAGUAUCGAUACUCGUCUGUAUUGGCCUUCCUCUACAUUUUCUUCUACCCACUUCACUAGGAGUUCCGGAACUCUGCUUUACACUGGUUGUUCUAUCAUCACUUUUCUUGUGCAUUAAUCAUUUGCAUCUGGAUCCUCCAUCUCACAGCUAGGACACUCAUCAUUGGAUACAAAUUGUAUAGCUUCCUCACAGCACUUAUUUAACCCCUUCGUUGAUCAUGAUCACGAUCGAUCACGUCCCAGAAUUUAUCUCACUUGAUUGCAUUCUUACAUUCUAUUUCUUGCUCGCAUCCUAAGGCUAAGGGGGGUGUUUGCUCUAAUUUUCUUUCUUCGAAGUUGGCGGUCAUUUGAAUUUGAAUUAAAUCUACAUCACUGACGUAAGCACAAAUUCC